UGGCAGCAUUGAUGUCUAUGAAGAAUAAAAUGAUAGAUGAGUACCAUGUGCUUGAUGGAUGGGACAUCAAUUCUGUUGAUCCUUGUACAUGGAACAUGGUUGCUUGUUCUUCCGAGGGUUUUGUAAUUUCUCUGGAAAUGGCUAGUACCGGAUUAGCAGGCAUGCUAUCUCCAAAUAUUGGGAACUUGGGACAUCUUCGCACAUUGUUACUACAGAACAAUGCAUUAUCGGGCCCAAUCCCAGCUGAAAUCGGAAAACUUACAGGACUUGAAACUCUUGAUUUGUCGAGUAAUCAGUUUGUAGGUGAAAUCCCGAGCUCUUUGGGUUCCUUGACUCAUCUAAGUUAUCUGAGGCUCAACAAAAACAAGUUGUCGGGUGAUAUUCCCGGACCUGUAGCCAACCUCACAGGUCUUUCAUUCUUGGACGUGUCGUUCAAUAAUCUCAGUGGCGCCUCUCCAAAAAUACGAGCUAAAGAUUAUAGGAUCACCGGGAACAACUAUCUUUGCACUUCGCCAUCGUCGUUAAAUUGUGUCAAUGCCCCCAAAGUAGCAAAUGGUAACGUUUUCCCUAAUUCAACCAAGCAGGUUGACAACCGGCACCGUUGGAUCGUGUCAGUUAUGGUCGGGGUUAGUUGCACGUUCGUGGUUUCUAUUAUGCUUCUUGUUUUCUGGAUCCGUUGGUAUCGGUCACGCCUUAUUUAUACAUCCUACGUUCAACAAGAUUACGAGUUUAAUGUCGGUCAUUUAAAGCGGUUUACGUUUCGUGAAUUGCAAGUUGCAACCGGGAAUUUUAGUUCCAAGAAUAUUUUAGGACAAGGUGGAUUUGGAGUCGUUUACAAAGGGUGUCUUCUAAAUAGGACUUUGGUGGCGGUUAAGCGACUAAAAGAUCCUAAUUUCUCCGGGGAGGUGCAAUUCCAAACGGAACUCGAGAUGAUAAGCUUGGCAUUGCACCGGAAUCUUUUACGUCUUUACGGGUUUUGUUUGACUAAUGACGAGAGAUUACUUGUUUACCCUUAUAUGCCUAAUGGAAGCGUUGCGGAUCGAUUAAGAGAUGGUGGUCGGGAAACGUUGCUUUUGGAUUGGAGUAGACGAAUGCAUAUCGCUCUUGGAGCCGCAAGGGGACUUUUGUAUUUGCAUGAGCAAUGUAACCCGAAGAUAAUCCAUCGAGACGUUAAAGCUGCAAAUAUUUUGUUGGAUGAGAAUUUCGAAGCAGUGGUUGGUGAUUUUGGUCUUGCUAAGUUAUUAGACCCCCGGGAUUCGCAUGUCACGACCGCCGUUAGAGGUACCGUGGGCCACAUUGCGCCGGAAUAUCUCUCGACCGGACAAUCUUCGGAGAAAACCGAUGUUUUCGGAUUCGGCAUCCUUCUUUUGGAACUCAUAACAGGACAAAAGGCAUUAGAUGCUGGCAAUGGUCAAAUUCAAAAGGGAAUGAUCCUUGAUUUGGUUAAAACCUUAUACGAAGAAAAACGGUUGCAAGUAUUGAUAGAUCGGGAUCUAAAAGGUUGUUAUGACCAAGAAGAGCUAGAAAAGGCCGUGGAACUCGCUCUUCUUUGCACUCGAGCGCUCCCGACCUUGAGACCGAAAAUGUCGGAAGUCUUGAAGGUUCUAGAAGGCAUCACGGGACAACCGUGCAAUUUGGAGGACCCACAAACGGGACCCAACCAACAAUGUGAUGGAAGAACGUUCAGUUUCUCGAGGAAUUACAGUGAUGCUCGUGAAGGGAAUUCGUUCAUAAUCGAAGCAAUGGAGCUCUCGGGACCUCGGUAGCGAAUCGUUAAAGUAAUUUGUGGUGUAACUGUGAAUAUUUAAAGUUUUGGGGUUGUUUUGGAAAGUUUUCUAUCUUGGAUAUGUAUAGGGAUCCAGCCAUUAGUUUUGUAGUCAGCAAU